AUGAAAGCGGGUGAAGAUAUGGGCACUAGAGCCCACUUAGCGUCUGGCAUCAACCGCUCCUACGAAGGCGGCUGAAUAUUUUGUUCAUACCAGUCCGACUAUUUUAUUUACAACUGCUGAGCAGAUCUCGACCAAAUGAUCGCACUCUUUUUUGUUGCGCUUGUAAACUUCCUGCUGCAACCUGCAACAGCUGCAAGCAUCGCACGCGAGCCCAUUCCAACGGUAUGCGACCAAUAUGAGCCCCUGUACGAUUCUAUUUACCGAGAUUUGGAGCUCUAUCGUCGCAAUGGGGGCAUCACCCCCAGGCUAAUGGAUGCCACAAUCAAGCUGCAUAGCGCCGGCAACCGCGAGAAGGGCCUAGCGGUGGCGUUCUACAGGGGUGGCGUGUACGUCAUCUCCAACACCCGCCACAUCAACCUCAAACCCUUCGGGCAUCAUGUGUCCCUCUGGGUGGCCUACCUCCUGGUCAUGCAGCACCUGGCCGCCACCCACCCCACCGCGCUACCCGAUGUGGAGUUCGUGUGGCACACCAUUGACCGGCCCGUGCGCCUCACAGUGAACACGACUGCUGCUGCUGCUGACGGUGGGAGUAGCAGCAGCAGGAGCGGCGGCAGGGGCGGGGUAGGUGGCGGCAGUGCAGGCGGGGUGAACUAUCCGGUGCUUCGCUUCGGCAAGAGCGCGGCGCACCCAGACAUAUUGGUUCCCAACUUCCACUUCUACAUGAAGCGCUACCAGAGCGCCUACCUGGACCGCAUGGCCGCCCGCAACAUGCAGCGCCCC